AUGCAUAUUUUGUUCAUUUAUGAUACAAGAAUUUAAUUUAAAAAAUAAUUGAGAUUCUGGAAGAUAUUAUCAUCUAGAUGGUAAAUAUUGUUAAUUUUAUAAUCCUGGAUUUUGCUCGUUAUACUUUGGCAUCAGUUUGUUAAAUUUGUGAUUCAUGAUGUAUAAUUUGUAUUGAGCCUUCAGGUAAUGAUUUUAUCACUUGCUAAGAUGGAUAUUAUUUGGAUAAUUAAGUUUAUACAUAAACACAUCCUAUUGUAUUUGAUGAAAUCAAAAAAAAUUGUGUCCUUAUGAUUACUAAUAAUAUUUAUAUUAAGGAUAAAAUAAAAGUUUUGCAGUACCUACCAACAUUAAUAAUUGCGUUAGUAUAUGCCGGCUAUUAAUUUUUUAAUCUAAAAUUUCUUGAUUCAGAAAUGCAAUUCUUUAGUGUUUACUAGAUGUACCCUUGA